CCCCUCUCCAUUUCCCCGCAUCUGGCCGCCAUGCCUGUCGCUUCUUCCUACCCGCCGGUCGACAUCCCCAAUGUCGACCUCUGGACGUUUUUGCUGGAGCGCAAGGAUAGGCAGUUCCCCGAUGACAAAAUCAUUUACCAAGAUGCCGACACUCAGCGGUUCUACACUUUCGGCGGCCUGAAGGACGCGGCGCUUUCAUUCGGAAAGGGCCUGAAAGCCACGUACGAGUGGAAAAAAGGCGACGUGCUCGCCCUGUUCACUCCCAACAGCAUUGACACCCCGGCGGUGAUGUACGGGUGCCAUUGGGCCGGCGGUGUGGUUUCCCCGGCCAACCCGGCUUACACCGUUGAGGAGCUGGCCUUCCAGCUGAAGAACUCGGGCGCCAAGGCCCUCAUCACACAGGCCGCGCAGCUGCCGGUCGCCACCAAGGCUGCCCAGCAGGCGGGGAUCCCCGACGACCAUAUCAUUCUGAUCGGCGACGAGCGUGACCCCUCGGGCAAGUUCAAGCACUUUACCUCGGUGCGCAACAUCUCGGGCGCGACCCGGUUCCGCAAGACGAAGAUCAACCCUGAGAAGGAUUUAUCGUUUUUGGUUUACUCGUCUGGUACGACGGGUGUGCCCAAGGGUGUCAUGCUGUCGCAUCGCAAUAUUGUCGCCAAUACUCUGCAGCUGGCUGCUGGGGAGGCGGGCAACUUGAAGUGGAAUGGUGGUGCGGACGGGGAAGGCGAUAAGAUCUUGGCGUUUCUGCCUUUCUUCCACAUUUAUGGCCUGACAUGUCUGGUCCACCAAACCCUCUUCCAGGGCUACCGCCUGGUCGUCAUGGCCAAGUUCGACCUGGAGAAGUGGUGCUCGCACGUACAAAACUACCGCAUUACAUUCAGCUACGUCGUGCCGCCCGUCGUCCUGCUCCUGAGCAAGAGCCCCGUGGUAGACAAGUACGACCUGUCGAGCAUGCGGAUGAUGAACUGCGGGGCCGCCCCGCUGACGCAAGAGCUGGUGGAGGCCGUGUACGCGCGAAUCAAGACGGGGAUCAAGCAAGGGUACGGGCUCAGCGAGACCAGCCCGACGACGCACACGCAGCCGUGGGAGGAGUGGCGGACAACGAUCGGCGCGGUGGGCAAACUGCUCCCCAACCUGGAAGCCAAGUACAUGACGAUGCCGGAGGACGGGUCGGCACCGCAGGAGGUGCCGGUCGGCGAGGUGGGUGAGCUGUACAUGCGGGGCCCCAACAUCUUCCUCGGAUACCACAACAACCCGGCCGCGACGGCCGACUGUCUGUCCGCCGACGGGUGGUUCCAGACCGGCGACGUCGGGUACCAGAAUCGCGACGGGGCGUUCUUCAUCACGGAUCGCGUCAAGGAGCUCAUCAAGUACAAGGGGUUCCAGGUGGCGCCGGCCGAGCUGGAGGGCAUCCUGGUGGAUAACGAGGCGAUCGACGAUGUGGCCGUCAUCGGGGUGGAGAGCCAGGAGCACGGCACGGAGGUGCCGAUUGCGUUUGUGGUGCGCAGCGGCAAGAGCAAGGCGUCGGGGGUGGCCCCCGCGACGGAGGCGGAGAAGAUCGUGAAAUGGCUGGACGACAAGGUGGCUUACCACAAGCGUCUGCGCGGAGGGGUGCGGUUUGUGGAUGAGAUCCCCAAGAGCGCCAGCGGGAAGAUCCUGCGUCGGGUGCUGAAGAAGCAGGCGCAGGAGGCGGCCGCGCCGCCCAAGGCCAAGCUGUAA